AGCAAGAACACCCUGGGUGAAGAGCUCCACACCCUGUAUCAUAAACCAUCACUGUUGGUAGAUGGGGGCAGGAAAUUUUUUUAGGUGUGGUCAUCAGUAUUGAAUGCUAAAAUUGCCCAGAACGCUGUGUUCACGAGAAAACGCUUCAAAAGCUAAAGAUAAGCCUUCAUGUCGAUCCGAUUCCUUCUGAAAGGAAAUGAAAAAGCAAAGAAAGUCAUUCAUUACUCGGGUUAAUCAUUAAUUAUUCACUCUCUUCUCCUGAUGAGAACUGAGGUCCACUGUAAAGCCUCCCCACCGCCCUCCAUAGCUAAACACACCCCCUCCCCUCUGAAAACUAGUCCCUCUCCUUGUUUUGAUCGCUCAGUCUUGAAGGGAGAGGGGACCUUGAAACUGCUCUGCCUCCUUGCUCCAUAAUUGGUUUUAUAGUGCUGGCGAGCGGCCAGAGUGCGUUUUUUCUUUCAAUGCACCAGGGACAUUGAUUGACAAGCUGCUCAGCCAAUCAGAGAGCGGCUAUUUGAAACGUACAGGGUUUGUGUGGUAGUGAAGGAGGUGGGCGGGGCUUGUAAAACAAUGCUGUGUUUCAUUGCUGAGGAGGACGCGUCAGGGGCUUUCUCUCCCCCCCAAGUUAUCCCCCCAGUUUACCUUCGGACCAGCCUGUAAUGGACUACUCCAGUUUUUCCAGCAGCCUGGAUGAAUUUUGAGAAAGGUCAGCAGUAUGGCUGAGAAGGAGUCCGAAUCGCCUGGGAAACUAAAGACACUAUUAUAGCCAGAAUUGGCUUUUAUUUUAUUUUUUUUAAUUCUCCGGGACCUAUCCGAACGGACGCAUUUUUGUGCAACAACUUUCCCAUCUGUGGAUAAUGGAUGGCAGAGAUUUCGGUCCUCCUCGAUCCGUCCACGUCCCCCCGCCGCUGUUGGCGGGGCUCGCCAUGGAGUCUCACCGACUCGGAGCAGCGGCGGCGGCCGGGAGGAUCCCUCCCUCGCCCGGCCACUUGGGCGCGAGCCACCCGCCGCCUCUCCACUCCGGGAAAUUUCUCCCAUCGGCCAUUAACCUACAUUCACACCACAGCGAGGCCUUCCCGACAGGCUCCAGUCCCUUCCUGUCAGGUUACCCAGGCCCCUCCUCGUUGACCUCUGACCCCGCGUACAGGUCGGCCAAUCCCAGCGGUCUGCAGAUGGCUCAGCUGUGGGCGUCGCACGCUCACGAAGGCUACCCUCCCCUCCCAAGCAGCCUUUACUCCAGUCCCUACUUAUCUCUGGGCCGCCUGGAGACGUCCUCGCUCUCCCAACAUCCUCUCUAUGAUCCUCACAAAGACGGAUACUUCCUGACGUCCUCACUGAACCAAUCACCUCUGCACCCUCCGCCUGCGUCUUCGGCCGCCCCUUCCAGCUCUACGCCUCCCCAGAGGACGUCCCGGGACGGGGUCAGGGACAGGACGUAUCGGACAGAGAGGGACAGGGAGAGGGAGCGUCUGCGCGAAGAGCCGCGGCCGCACAGCGUGGUGGAUCUGACGCAGGAGACACGAGGCGAGGACGACCGCAAGGUGAGCAGAGAUCGGGACCGAGACAAGGACCAUGAGACGGACAGAGACAGAGAGAGGGACGCUUGGUCCUUUCAUCCUCACCAGCAAAAGUUACACUCCUCUCACCCUUUGGCGGUGGAGACCCGAUCCAGACUGUCGCCUCCUCAGCCCUCGUUCCCUCUCAGUGAGGGCCGGUUCCUCGGUUCGGAGAAAGACCGAAGGGGUUGGGAAGAGGAGGGCGCUUCUCGACCCCACCACAGCCACAACUCCAACUCCAACAACUCCAACUCUCCUUCCGAGCGGCAGCGGAGGAACGAGUCCAUGGCCACAGCGGCCGGGACACUGCACGUCUCCUACGUCCUCCCCCCUCCGUUACAGCAGCCCAGCGCCGGUCUUCCCCACCUCCCCACGCCCAGAGAGCAGCGAGUCAGCGCGCCCACGUAUGUGCCUUCUGUGGAGGUUUACGACGAGCGGGUAGGGCCCAUCCAGAUCGCUUCUCAGGCCCGGGACAACAAACACAGAGACAAAGAGCUUGAACGAGACAGGGAGAGGGAGAGGGACAGGGACAGAGACAGAGACAGGGAGAGCUACAGGUUUCAUGAGAAAAGCCUCAUGGAGCAUCCUCGGCUCUCCCAGUCAAGCGAAACGACCAAUCAAAGAGAGGAAGGUUCUGUCAUUUGCUCCAACGGUUCUCUCAGUAAACGAAACCAGGACACGUCUUUCUCCUCAGGCCGAUCCCGCUUCAGUCCAGAAACCAGGGACCUCUCCAAACACUCGCUCAGAGUCGGCAUCGGGUCAGAGUCUAAGUGGAACGCCAUGACCCCGUCGGCCAACUACGCCACCAAUCACAUGGCCGCAUUGGCGGCCCAGCACGGACACAAUCUCUCCGCUCCUCACAACCAGCCGUCGCAGACCCAGAAGUCCGGUUCCCCUCACUCGUCGCAUCGACCCAACAGCUCGCAGUCCUCCCACAGUCAUUCGCCACAAACGCACGGACAUGGGCGCGCGGCCGAGGAGGGCAGCCAGAGGCGCUACCUGGACCAGUCGGGGCUUUUUCGGCCCGCAGGGUCCGCUGAUUCGGAUUCUGCAGAGGUUUCUGCCAUGCAGAGUUUGAUUAAAUACAGCGGGAACUUUGCCGCCGAGGGGCCCACGUCUUCCAGGCACAUCAUGGAUGGGAGGGGGCCUUUCGGCGGUCUGGGGAACAUCGGGACGAGUGGCGAGAGGGAAAAGGAAAGGGAGCGGGAAAAGGAACGAGCGCUGAGGGUCCCUCCUCAGCUGAAGAGGGAGCAGGAGCGGCCGGACAGCGCCCGCUCCUUCGGCAGAGAGGGGGAGGGCGAGGUGCGACACCCGCCCGUUGGGAUCGCCGUCGCUGUGGCGCGGCAGAGAGACAGCGGGAGCUCCAGUAAGCAAACCAGCGGAGGCUCCGACACACAGAGACCCCUGCUGCAAACGGCCAUCAAAGACGAGGAUCGAGGUGAAGAGCGCGCUCGCCACCACGAUGACCGACUGCUGGCCGGCCGGCUGGAGCGAGAGCAAGAGAAAGUCAUCAGAGAGUCCAAGAAUCACCCCGAGUUCACUCAGAUGGGCCCCGGCCCGCUGGCUGGCGGCCUGACGCCCAGCAUGAUGACGCCCAGCCUCAUGACCCCCAACCUCAUGGUCACAGGAGGGGCUGCUCUGGCAGGGGCAGGGCGGUGGCCUCCCGACCCCUCCACCCUGACCUCUCACCCCUGGAUGCCCCGGCCCGGAGCCCCUCCAGUCUGGCUCUCCGGCUCUCCAUACGGCCUGGGUCCCUCCCCGCUCCAUCAGACCCUCCCCCCGGGCUACCCACCCUCCCUGCCGGGCUCCAUGCCUCCUCCCUACCAGUUCGCCAGGGACCCGCAGUCUGGCCAGCUAAUCGUCAUCCCUACUGAACACCUGCCACAUUACGCAGGAGGCGACGUGCUGGAGCGCGGAGCCCCGGUGUGGCCGAGCGUGUACGGGCCGAGCAGCUCGCUGCAGCACGCGGCGCAGCUGCAGCUGCUCUCCCAGCAUCAGAUGCUGCGGCAGCAGGAGCUGUUCAUGAUCCAGCAGCACACGGCGCAGGUCCUGGAGCUGCAGAGGAACGCGCAGAUCGUCGAGCGCCUGAAGGCCAGCGAGCACCGGCCGGAGAUCGAAGACAAAGUCGACAAGCGGAACGCCGACCCAAAAACCCGACCCUCCUCCAUAUCCUCGCCGUCGCCCUCACCUGUGCUGCAUCCUCGCAAGCCCCCUCCCCCCUCCCGAUCCCCGACGCCGUCCACGUCCUCCCUCACCCCUCUGCCUCCGACCCCCUCCCCGGUGACCACCCUCAAGUCAGAGGAGGGAGGACACAGAGUCCUGUCUCACGCGCCGAAGCUCCUGCCUCACCCGACGUCUCCGCGCUCGGCCUCCCCGCCGCCGUCCUCGCCGCGGCGGCCCAAACAGGAGGAGGGCGAGGCGGGUGUGAGGGAGCAGAGGAAAAAGUCGACCUCUGCAUCCUUUGAAGGCAUCUACUCUGACCUGUCUCCACGUUACCCUUACCAAUCCAUCACUGCGCCGUUCGGAUCCUUCCCGCCUUAUCACGUCCCGGCAUCGGCAGCCGAAAACCCAGAGGCACAUCGAUCCUGCUCUCCUGCUGCCGCUGAUCCUUUAGCUUCGUCUCACCACCACUCCAGGCUUUUGGAUGCAGAGAUCAAGCCCCAGAGCCUGGAGCCCCCGAAGGCGGGGUCUUUCCUUAAACGGGAGCCCUGCGAGGAGCACCCUCAGCCGGAUUUGAGCCGCACCACCGACCGGGCCGCCGAGGAUGACGAGGUGGACAGGCAAGCCCCAAAAACUCCCAGUCCUCCCAUUCCACCAGGUGAAAACCAGCGAGAAGUGGGGAAGGAAGAAAAGAACGACGGCGAGAUUAAAACGGAAACAUCGACUAACGCCUGUCAGGCGGUGAAGGCUUCACCUCCCGCUCCUGCAGAAGACGAGCCCAAACCAGAACUUAUCCAGGAAGCAGAGCUGGCACCAUAUCACCAAUCCAUCUCUGCUGAGUCAGACAAUCAAGAAGCGCCUCAGUUGUGCGUGUCAUCAGACCAGACGGCCGUGUGCGAACAGGAGCCGCCCGACGAUGCAUCCGACUCCUUCCCUCCCUGCUUGGAGGAAAGUACCUGCGAACCUCCCGUCCUCAUCAGCUCAGAGGACCCCAUGGGGGGCAUGCUGGCCCUGCUGACGGCCAGCGAGUUGGCCCAAGCCCGGCCCAGAACCCCACCCACCCUGACUCUCGAAGGCCAGGUGGAGGACCCCACCUUUGCCUCCGCCUGCAGCAGCGCCGCCGCUCUGGAGAUGGUGGCUCUGGAAGGCAUGGCCCUCCUCAGCCAGAUGGCUCAAAACGAGGCGGAGCUCGUUUUCCACACGCAAGAUCUCACAUUAGACAGUCUGGACUGUCUUCUUGAAGCGAGCAGACACGUUCUACUGGAGGCAAUAGAAAAGCAGUCCCACAUCGAUCUGCCAAGAACUCUGGACCCCGACAAGAAGUACAGCUGGAGGCAGAGGAAGGAAGAGCCGCUGUACAGCAAGAUGGCGGUGGACAUGCUGGAUGCCGUGGAGGUGGAAUACCGCGUCCGCCUGGCCGAGUUGCAGAAGACGUACAAGGAGAAGCAAAGGGAGAUGAGCAAACUGCAGCGGCGCAGGGACAAGAGAGAGAGGCAGCAGCAGGAGGAUGAGAGGAGGAGUCUGACCAGGCGUGGCAGAGGAAGACCCAGGAAAAGGAAACAUCUGCCCACACCUACCAAACAGGACAGCAGGCCUGGAAAGGCGGGUCGAACAGUGCAAUACUCUGAGGACUCUGAAGCCGGGGAUGGACAGAGGAAGAGGUUCCGACUGUCCAGAGACAACGAGGACACAGAAACCGGAACUGGAGGAGAGAAGAAGAAGAAAAGGAAGAAGAAGAGCUGGAACGACCAGGAGCCGUCCAGCGCUCACGUUCUCGAGGUCAUGAAAGCGAAGCGCGGUCACCUGUGUGAGCAGGAGCAGCUGGCCUCCGACCUCGACAGGGCGCUGUCGCUCUCGCAGCUCGGCUCCCUCGGUGGCCCUCGCAAGCUCGCCUCAGGCUCCAGGUCGGACAAGUCAAAGGGCCGAUGCUCGGAAAGCGGGCUGAAGGAGCGAGGCGCUCACUCCUCCGUCAAAGCCGGGAAGCUCAAGAUGGCCGCCAAAGCUUCAGCUGCCGAGACCGUCCGAAAGGUGAAAGGUCAGAAGAAGUCCAUGUUUUCUCCGGUGAGAUCGGAGAUCAGCAGCUGCUCCAACAAUUCAGACUCGGAGGAGCUCGUCUCUUCUCGAGGGGGCUGGGCUCUUCACUCGGGGACGCGUCCCCACGACGGCUUGUCCAGAAAGAGGCGCUCUGCGGCGUCGCCCACCUCCCUGCUGCCCAGCCAGAAAUCGUCGAGGAAGAAACACAAGCACUUGUCCCUGCUGCUGGAGGAGGCGGGCCUCAGCUCCUCCUCCGACGACUCCUUCGACCAAGAGACCUCAGAGGAUGAAGAAGAGGACGAGUCGGAUUCGGACGACGAUGAGGACGAUGGCGGCUGUGAGGAGAGCGGACUGGGUCUGCUGGCCAGGUUUGCAGCCAGCGCCCUCCCCGUCAGCCCGCCCCCAUUGAGCCUCCUCCAUGACGGGAAACACUGCAGCAACAGGCAGAGCACGCUGGGUUCGCCAGAGCGUGAGUGGUCCGAUUCCGGCUCGGACUUGAGGCAGAGGAAGUUCCCCUCCCUCCUGCACGGGCGGCGCUCCGCCCCUGAGCUGCCCCUCCUGCCGCCGGCGACCCGCCGAGGCGACCAGCCCAGCCCCACCAAGCGAGACGAAGCGCUGCCGGCCAAGCGAAAGCCUCUGACGAAAGCCCGCCCCUCGCCUCGAUCUCCGCGGAGAUUCAGCUUCGACCUCUCCGCCGGCGUCGGGGGCUUCAGCGAGGACGAGGGCUGGAACCGGCGGCGCAGCGAACGGAUCUUCCUCCACGACGCCAGUCAGAUGUCCGUGUCGACGUCUUCCUCCACCAGCCAGAGCUCCUCGUCCUCCACCUCAGCUCCGCCUCUCACCCCGAAGCCGUCCUCCAAACCAAAAACCACUCCGGUGGUCCGAGAGGGAAAAGACGUGAUAAAAAAAAAGAAGCAGAAGGAUUCUUCUGUGCCGGUCAGCCCGUCCACUUUGUGCAGUCCGGUCUCUGAUGGGCCAGCGCCUCUAAGCCCGGCGCAUAAAAGCCAAUCUAAAGGCAAAAACAAAGCAAGAGAGCCGUCCAGGGGCGCCGUGAGCCGGCUGAUGGAGAGCAUGGCGGCGGACGAAGACUUCGAGCCGAACCAGGACAGCAGCUUCAGCGAAGACGAGCUCCUCCCGCCACGAAAAAACAGCAGCGUCUCCGAGAGGUCGUCCACACCCGCUCCGGUGCAGUGCGUGUUGGAUAAGGACUCCCUGGUGGACGGACUCAGAGUUCUGAUCCCGAUGGACGACCAGCUUCUCUACGCAGGACACGUCAACACAGUGCACUCCCCUGACAUAUACAGCGUGGUGGUGGAGGGGGAGCGAGGCAACCGACCACACAUCUACUGCUUGGAACAGCUGCUGCAGGAAGCUAUAAUCGACGUAAAGCCUCCGUCCGUGCGCUACCUCCCAGAGGGCACCCGGAUCGCCGCCUACUGGAGCCAGCAGUACCGUUGCCUUUACCCGGGAACCGUUGUCAACGGAAGCUCAGACAUAGACGAGAACGACGAUCUGAUCACAGUUGAGUUUGACGACGGCGACACAGGACGCAUCCCGCUCUCCCACAUCAGGCUGCUGCCGCCGGACUACAAGAUCCACUGCGCAGAGCCGUCCCCUGCGCUGCUCGUGUCCGGCCCGUCCAGGAGGAGAGUGCGCAAAUGCAGCAAGGAGGCGGGAGCAAAGCCAGAGGAGACCACACCCAGGAUCAAAGGGAAACCGGGUCGCAAGCCAAAACCCAAACCAGACGCCUCUAUAAAUCAAGACGGUCGGGAGAAAGCCGACCCUCUCCCCUCCUCCGCCCAGUCCACCGAGAGACCUCCAGCUCCAGCAAAACCGGCCCAGGACAGAACCUCCUCUGUCCAGAAACCUGCUCAGGAAAAGCCCCGCCCUGCAUCCCGACCCACCAUGGCCACGCCAGCCAAACCCGACCGGAAAAACUCUGGUGCUUCCUCGGCGAGCAGCCCCACUCUCCCCAGUCCGGUGCCCCGGAAGAGUGGCUCGGCCCAGUCUCCCGUCUCCAAGCCGACCCGGGUCCUCCCCUCUUCUCUCUAUCCCUCCACGUAUGGGAAGGUUCUGACGGUGGAUCUGUACAGCGAGCCCAACUUGACCUCUUACACCAACCAGCGGCGAGACAGAGAGAGCAGCAGCUCCGUCAGCCCCACCACCAGCCGGCCGAGGCAUUCCAUCACCGUUUCCUCCUCUGCACCCAAACCCGCCGCUACGUCCACGCCCAGACCCGCCUCCGUCUCCUCGUCCAAAAUGAAAUCGGACCAUCAGAGCAGAUCCGGCCUCGGCUCUGGUCUGAUCCCCAGCCCCAUCUCCAGGCUGCCGACCAGCAAACCCAGUUCGUCGCUGACCCCCAGACCGUCGUCAGCGUCACUGACGCCAGCUGGCACGCCCAAACCCAAGCUGAAGAUCCCAUCAUCUUCAGACCAGAUUUCCUCCAGAGCCAUGUCCAGGCCCAAGCCCGUCUCCGGACAGAGGAAGUCCUUGUCCGCAGAGCCCCUCGUCAAGCUGGACCACGAAGGCGUCACUUCCCCGAAAACCAAAAAGACCAAGGCUUUGAUGUUGUUAGAGGGCCGCGACAUCAGUCGAGACCACCCCCCUAUCGCCACUUCCUCGGCCAACCAGAAGCUACUGAAGGCGAAGAUGAGAGGCCCAGAGAGGGCGACCAGUCUGCCUGAGAAGGAGUCUGCCUACAAGACCUCCAUCCUGGCCAAGGACCAGCUGGAGAGUCGGGGGAGUGGAGGCAGAGGACAGGAGGUGAACACUAGAGACGAGAAGGCCAAAAAAGAGGAACGAAAGGAGCUGGAGAAGAGGGAGGAGAGGAAGAUGAAGGAGGAGUCUCAGAGUAGCAGCAGCUCCGAGUCAGAGGAAGAAGGCCAAAACGGGAAGGUGAAGAAGAAGAAGAAGAAAUGCACCUCUAGCUGCUCGUCCUCUUCUUCGUCCUGUUCUGGCUCCUCGUCAUCCUCGUCUUCUUCGUCGUCCUCGUCAUCCUCGUCGUCGACUGAUGACUCGUCCUGCAGCUCAGAUGAGGAGAGGACCCAUACGCCGCCGCCUGGACCCCUCCAGAAAACUCCUACACAGGACAAACCUAAAGACAACAUCAAAGAGGAGGAGGAGGAGACGAAAGAAGAGGUGGAAAUCAAAAUGGAGGAGGAAGAGUUAUCUCCUCACUCAGACUCUCCCUCCCCAUCAAGUCCUCCAGCCGCUCCGGCUCCCAGUAAACCGACAAAGCCCGCCACGGGGAAGGGCUCUGGACAGAGGGGCCGUCCGCCAAAACCGAAGCCGAGCGGGGGAGAGGGGAAGGCGGGGAGGCCCAAGAGGAGAGAGGGGGUCCACCUGCCCACGACCAAGGAGCUGGCCAAACGUCAGAGGCUGCCCAGUGUGGAGAACAGACCCAAGAUCUCUGCCUUCCUCCCAGCCAGACAGCUCUGGAAGUGGUUCGGGAAACCCACUCAGAGACGCGGCAUGAAGGGGAAAGCCAAGAAGCUCUUCUACAAGGCCAUCAUGCGUGGCCGAGAGAUGAUCCGCAUCGGGGACUGUGCCGUGUUCCUGUCCGCCGGCCGGCCCAACUUGCCCUUCAUCGGCCGCAUCCAGAGCAUGUGGGAGUCCUGGGGCAGCAACAUGGUGGUCCGGGUCAACUGGUUCUACCAUCCAGAGGAGACGAACCCUGGCAAGAAACUCACCGAUAAGAAGAACUGGGAUCAGAUGUGCGGUCAGUCUUUACCAGCGGCUCUGCACUCUUCCAUCCAGAGGAAAGACUUCAUGGAGCGCGCCCUGUACCAGUCGUCUCACAGCGACGAGAACGACGUGCAGACCAUCAGCCACAAGUGUUUGGUGGUGAGCGUGGAGGAGUACGAGCAGAUGAUCCACACUCGCCGCUACGCUGACAGCGAGGACCUUUACUACCUGGCCGGCACCUACGAACCCACAACCGGAAUGAUCUUCAACACGGACGGCGUUCCGGUCAUCUGCUAGACGAGCUACUGAAAACCAAAUCACGACGCGACCUCAUGGGGGGUUCGGCCCAAUCUGCGGUCUGAUCACUGAUGUUAAUGUUUUUUUUUUGUUUGUUUUGUUUUGUUUUUUCUGAAUUGGAAUCGUGACUCCAUGAACUGAACCGCUCCCAUACCAUGAUACACGUCAAAAAAAAAAAAAAAAAAGGGAGACUGUCGAGGACAGCUCUGACUACGGAGAUGGGAAACACUACAGACAGUAUUAAAAUAAAAAAAAAUGUUAAAAAAAUAAAAAAAAUGGACCGGUCUCCUGAAGCAUUUGCACACACAGAUGUGGUUAUCCCACUCUGUUCAUGGGGGACAAAGGCAUGCUUACUUCCUAUUGCGUGUAAAUAUCUCCCCUGCAGAAACAGACACAUACUGUAUGUAUGCUCACAACGUGCACAAACACAAUGUAAAUACUUCCCCUCAUGUAAGAGACGCAGGUAUCUAGAGGAAAAUCUAGGUGUUUUAUUUUCGUGUGAUAGAUUUAUGUCAGAGUACUUUUUUUCUGAAGAGGUAAACAGUAAAGAAGCUUUAACGAACUGUGAAUGAUGAAACAGGAGGGGGGCACAUGCCUGUUCGCCCUGUGUGGGUGGUGGGGUAAAGCUGGUGUGAUGUUGUGAUUAUGACGUUCCCGUGGUGAUGUUACAGUCCUGUUACAGUCAUAUAAAUGUGUGUAUAGAACAGCAGGAGCAACAGACGCAAAGAAAGAAAUGCACAGAGAGAUGAGAGGUAGACUCCUACCGUCGCAAUCCAACAGAAAGCACUUAGAAACACUUAAAAGUCUCGUUUCCUGAUAUUUAUCCCCCCCGCAAAUCCCUCGCCGUCCUCCUGACAAUCGGAACUCAGGGCGAAGCAUCCCUGCGCUGUUGAAAUUUGACUCCCUCGUUAACUCAGGCUAAGGAGAGGAAGAGAUGCGUCUUUGAAAGCCCUUCUCUUUUUUUUUUUUUUUUUGGGAGUUCUCAGUACUAAUCCACACUGAAACACACUAUGAAAGGAAACCAGCUGCAGUCUGAGGAUCUUCUGUCACAUUUGCCCGUUUUACGCCCACAUUCAGCAUCGCGUUUCUGCACUGCUGUAAAUGAGUAGGCAUGGGUCGGUAUCAGAUUCUCCUUGUUUAACCUUGGGCAGAUAAAAAAAAACAAGGUUUCACUUUAUUUAGCCCCAAAAUGUAAGCAAAAAAAAAAAAAA